ACUGUAGGAAAAUGGACAGUCUGCUGCGCACUCCUAGAGACGAGAGGAGAAGAGCACAACAUAAUGAAGUUGAAAGGCGACGGCGAGACAAAAUCAACAACUGGAUUGUGGCGCUCUCAAAAAUCAUCCCAGACUGCAGCAUAGACGGCACCAAGAUUGGAGGGAGUAAAGGUGGGAUCUUGUCAAAGGCGUGUGAUUACAUUGGCGAGCUGAAGCAACAUAACCAGUGGCUGCAGGAGAGUUUGAGAGGAGUGGAGAGAGUGCAGAUGGACAAUGAGCUGCUCAGACAGCAGUUAGAGGAGCUCGAGAGCGAGAAUGCCCUUCUGCAAGCACUGCUGGACCAUCAUGGCAUUUACACGAUCACAGACGCCUCGGCACAAUGAGCCUCGGGCAUUCUGGGAAAGAGAUUCUGGCCAAUCCAGAUGAAAAAAGGCCCUCAGAGAAUGACAUCGACUGAAGUGGGCCGAAUGACACACGCUGGCUUGUGCUCAAGAGUCUGUCUCAGUGACUGGAUCAUCUUCAGCGCUGGAUGUCUGAUAUUGUCUGAUAUAUGUCUGAUAUAGUCACACUUGCUGCAGAUGAGGUCAAAGGUCAAGAAGAUUCCAUUAGAACCAAAACCAGGUGCCCAUAAUCCUAAAAGGGGCUAUUUAUUCUUCCUAACUAACUUCCAACUAAACAGUGGAAUGUAGUUUAGACAGCUUUCAUUAUGUUUUUUUGUUUUGUUUGUUUUCUCCACUCUGUAAUAUACCCCAGAAAUUUUCCUUUUGCUUUUCCUAAUUUUCCAGCUUUGUUGCUUUCAAUUUUGUCUUCAUGCUU